CUCUGUAUCUGUGGCGCGAAACUUUCAUUCCCCUAAAUCCCCCCCAAAAUCCCGAAGAAGCUUCCUGGUAGCGGCGAUCAGCGAUGGUGUUCCUGCAGCGCAGCAACCCGCGAAAGCGGCCACCGCCGGCGCCCACAGCACCCGGGCCGCCGCCGCCGCCGCCGCCGUUAGCGACAUCGUCCGUGCCCACCCCGGCCGAACCCUCCGCCGUCGACGCGGCAGCCGCGCUCCUUGCGGACGCCGGCUGCACGCUCCUCGUCCCGCCGCACCUGCCCCCUUCCCUCCCGUCCGCGCCCACCUUCGUACCCCGCCUCACCCGCGCGCUCGCCGCGGACCCCGCGGCAGACCUCCCCGCGCGCCUCCUCGCGGGGCUCGCUGCCUUCGCCGAGUCCCCCACGCGGCUGCGCCAGCUACUCCUGCCCACCUCCCCGCGGUCGCAGAGCCUGGCGCGGGUGCUCCUCUCCGUCCCCGCGCUCCAGCCCGGUCUCCUGGGGCUCCUCCUCGACAAGCUGCCCGAGCACUUCGACGACGACGCGCUCGAUGGGGUGCCUCUGCAGGACGACGUGGGGAGGCUUAUCGUUGCUCAGUUCCGCUGGCUUGAUUUCCUUGUCGAUGCCGACACCUUUGUCACCAAGCUUAUGGAGGUGCUCUCGGUAGCACCACCCCGGCUCAAGAAGGAGAUCAUCGGUUCGAUCCCGGAGAUUGUGGGCGACCAGAGCCAUGCUGCUGUGGUCUCCGCUCUGGAGAAGUUGCUGCAGGAGGACUGCCAAGUCGUGGUUGCUGUGCUCGACACUUUGUCAAACCUUAACCUCGAUGCGCUGCUGCAGGAGCAGGCGGUUACAGUUGCAAUAUCAUGCAUCCGGACGAUUCAUGCAGAUCAGAUGCCACACUUACUCAGGUUCUUGUUGCUGUCUGCCACACCAGCCAAUGUUGGCAGGAUUAUAUCGCAGAUCCGCGAGCAACUGAAGUUUGUUGGUGUGGUGGAUCCACGUGCUGCUCGGAGCAAGAAGCUGAAAGGGAAGGCAUCAGCAACUAGCACUGAUGGAGCAAUCCUUGAUGCCUUGAGAUCAGGCCUCCGGUUUAAGAAUAUGCUUUGUGAGGCCUUCUUGAAGGAGUUGAAAUUAGUUGACCAUGCAAGGGAUCACAAAGUGAUUGAUGUUUGGCUCAUCAUGCUCAUAUAUGCCAAUGGGGGUGCUCUGCAGAAAAGUGCUGAGAAAAUACUGAAAUCCAAGAUCUUACAAGGAUAUAUCCGGGAGACAUUGUUUCACCAAUGCAUUCAUGGAAAUACUGAAUUAGUAAAGGACCAUUUUAUGUCAUAUCUCUCAGUGAGCGAUUACCUAUUGGCUUGCAAGGAAGACAAGGCUAGAGAAUUUGCUACCUAUUUGUUCACGGCUUUGUUUGAAGAAUUCAGUGAUACUUUCUCCAGGCAAGAGAAGGUGCUCCCUAGCCCCAAUGCUGCGGGGAGGAUUGCCGAAUGGAACAUAGAGGUACAAUCGUUCCAGCUGGAGUUGAGCACCACCAGGGUCAUCAAGGGCGCGACCCUCACUGACUUCGUGACAGAAUGGAUUGAUACCCCUGACCGAGGGAUGGGUGAAGAUCGGUCUCUAGCGCUCAAAGACGAGGCGCCCGAUGGCUGGGUCGUGUACUUCGACGGUGCAUUCGCGCGCCAAGGCGCGGGGGCUGGAGCCGUACUCAUCUCGCCAAUCCCAGGAAAGCUAUUCUACGUUGUGCAGCUCUGCUUUCAACAUGGUGAGAAGGUAUCCAACAAUAUCACGGAGUACGAGGGCCUGAUUGCCGGCCUCAAGGCCGCGACGGCCCUGGGGCACGUCCCUCGCGGCACGAACAAGGAGGUGGAAGACAUCGCCAAGAGGGUGUCCCGAUGCGAGCCCCAGAAGCCUGGCGUGUUCGAGGAAAGGCUCUUCAAACCGUCGGCAGCCCCUCCUGCUGCAGACCAGGCGCUGCUUCGGGAGGAACCGCCCCGGGCCCCCUCCUCGGGUGCCCCGGCCUGCGGCCCAACCUUAGGAGCCCGCCCGCCCCUGGCGCUGGAACCUCAAGAGGGCUGCUGGACCGAAGAGUUCAAGGCGUACCUGCUCCGCGGCGCCUUGCUGGAGAAGGAGGAAGACGCAGAACAAGUGGCCCGUCAGGCCACUGCCUAUUGCUUGCAGGACGGAGAGAUCUACCGAAGACGCCCCAACGACGUCUUGCUGUGGUGCACAUCCAAGGAGCAAGGGCGCAAAUUGCUGGCUGACAUCCACGACGGGGAUUGUGGACACCAUUCUUCAUCGCGCACCCUCGUGGUCAAGGCUUUCCGCAGCGGAUUCUACUGGCCCACGACGCUCAUUGAUGCCACCGAGGUGGUGUGA